AUGAUUGAUUGGGUUGAUGGUGAGGUUGAGGCUGAAGUUGGAACUCAAAUGGAGGAAGUUCAGGAUGAUGGUGAUGCUGAUCAAGUUGGUAGAGAGUUGGAGGAGGCUGAGGGUGAGGUUCAGGCUGAACUUGGAACACAAAUAGAGGAGGUUCAGGGUGAUGGUGAUGCUGCACAAGUUGGUAGAGAAAUGGAGGAGGCUGAGGGUGAGGUUCAACCUGAAGUUGGAACACAAAUGGAGGAGGUUCAGGGUGAUGUUGAUGCUGCACAAGGUGAUGUUGAUGCUGCACAAGUUGGUAGAGAAAUAGAGGAGGCUGAAGGUGAGGUUCAGCCUGAAGUUGGAACACAAAUGGAGGAGGUUCAGGGUGAUGUUGAUGUUGCACAAGUUGGUAGAGAAACGGAGGAGGGUGAGGGUGAGGUUCAGCCUGAAGUUGAAACACAAAUGGAGGAGGAGGUUGAGGGUGACGUUGAGGGUGAAGUUGCUAAACAAUCACUAGAGGAGGACGAAGUACAUCAUGCAGAUGAAGCUGAAGUACAUGAUGUACAUGAUUUUGAGCUACAGGAUGUACAAGAAGAUGAUGAUGUGGAUGAGGGUGGACAUGAUGGUGAUGAUGAGGGUGGACAAGAUGCUGGAGAUAAUGCUGACGAUGAGGAUGAGGAUGUAGGUGACAGUGAAUAUGAAGAUGAAGAUGAAAAUGCAGAUGACUCUAUUGUGAAGAAAGUGAAAGUCUAA